AUGUGGACGAAGCCUCCACCAGAUGUUUCAUGUGUCAGCAAUAGCGUGGAAUCAUUCUACCGUGGAACAGUGGCAGGAGGCAUCUUUGGCUUGGUCUUCGGGCCGGAGACGGGUGUCGGCCUCCUGGCACAUCUCAAAGGCACUGUUCGGCCCGCGGCGCUCGCCGGCGUCUGGUGCCUCCUGACCUCGUUUUCGUCAUGUGUCCUGACAAGAGACGGCUUUCCUUAUCCGUACAACGGGGCUAUUUCCGGGCUCUUUUCAGGGGCGGUGCUGAGCAUCGUCAAUCGCUGGGAUAGAGAUUCCACACUGUGGACCAUGGCUGGCAGCUCCGUGCUCAGCAUACUAUCCCACUAUGCUACAGACGGACAAAGCAUGAACGUCAAGGCGACGAGCUGCGCACCUUCUGUUUACCUAGUACUCGCACCCUCGAUGCAAGGGCGUGGCCGAAGGGCUUUAUUUCUCGAAGUUAGAGGAAAGCCGGCAGUCACUAGACAUAAAUAG